CAGCAAAAUGCUAUCGUUGGACCCCUCAAGCCUGGCAUAUGAAGCUGCUUCUUGUACACCAUGCCGUCCUCAAUUCGCCUCAGUGACGAGAUUUACGUUCGCAUCUUGGACAAGCUCACCCUCUCCGAAGUAAACAGCGCGCGCCUAGAGGCAGAGAACAGACUCAGGCGCGUGACGCUGUCGCGAAUCUGCCUAGUCUCUCGCAACCUGCGCCGCUUGGCCGAGCCGUUGCUCUACCACCACCCAUGGCACCCAAACGGCGGAUUGCUCACGACCCUUUGCAGCCGACCAGCACUGGGAGAGCGCGUGCGGCACAUCACCUUUCGCGAACAGGCCCUGGCUCCGCCGGAUCCGAUGAUGAAGUCGAUCUUGUUGGCCUUUCACGGUGCCACAGUCCGGGAGAUAGCCAGGGCUAAGUACCGCUGGCCGGAACUCGACGCGCUCCUAGACGAUGUCUUGAAGGCUAGGGUCUCGCAGAUCUACCGUCGUGGAGAGACCGAGGCGCUAUUGCUGCUGAUGAUACUGGUCGUAACGCCAAACGUCGAGACCCUCGUUCUAUCGCGCUUGCUGUUCGACUCUUCCCAGGCUCUCUCCCUGCUCUUCACUCUGUGUAGCAACCGGAUUACAGCAUCGGAGAAUGAUAGCGUAGAGCCUUUUGGGCCUCUGCGCAAGCUCUACUCUAUCAGCACGAGCGGUAUUGCAGACAAUGAUGUCCCAGACACCGUCCGAGAAAGCAAGAAUGCCAGGUCGUUCAUCUUCUUUCCACGGCUCCAGAGCUUCUCAGCAUCCUGUCUGGACUGGGCACCUAGCAGACGGCCAGCCAGAAACGGUCACGAUGAUAACAACAGCGACAACGCGAGAGAAGUCACCCAAAUCAACGAAGAAAGCCACACCAGUGAGGAAUUACCAGGCCCGCCCAUGACUGGCGCACACCCGAAUCUGAGACACCUCGCGCUGCUUGACUCGAGCUUCGUAUCGCCCACUGCCGUUCGCGAGAUCCUUGUCGUCUUCCCGAACCUGCAAAGCCUCCUCCUACACUUCUUUGUACAUCACGACCCCUCCAGCCAUGUAACGCCGCAGCUUGAUUUCGCCCAGCUCGGCAACGUCCUGAGGGAGCCUGGUGCGCGCCAGCUGCGUCGUCUCGAGCUCGAGCACACCGCUGCGGACACGGCGGACGGGCGGUUUGAGGAACUAGGCAGAGGGUUCAUCGGGCCACUGCGCAACGAGCUGACAUCACUUGAGCAGCUGCGUAUCCCACUCGCGUCGCUAGCUGGCGUGCGGCCCAAAGCGCUGGACCUGUGCGAGAUGCUGCCGCCGAGUCUGCGGUGGUUAUGGACGAGCGUGACUAUCACGGGGGACAGUGACGCUCAUGUGCAGGCAAUAUUCCGGAUGCUCAAUCAGGCAGCGGCGAAGCUGCCGCUGCUGGAAUGGGUGAUGGUCAGGUUCCCUCGGUCUCACAAUGCCGUUCUGUUCUUCAUGUCUAAUGACUUUGCUGUUGCUACGGUUGGGAAGCGGCAUGCGUUGUUUCGGAAGAAGGUUGUGUCUCCAGUGCGCACGCCGCCAGGCUGGGAGCAUGAACUACUAGAGACCGAUGUUUGGAUGCCAUAAGAUGAGAAUCUAUGGAAGUGAUGACAAAGAUUACAAAUACGCUCUAUGUUUCUUGUCCAUGUGUGAGCUUGGACCUCCCAUCUUGAAAAGUUAUAUAUCCAACAAGCAAUGCGUAGGAACGAAGUGAAAAUAUGCUAAAAAGAAAAACGAAGGGGCGGAGGGCUCCAUGGUAGCCUUUGGACCUUUGAGACUGGUCUUUCGGUAACCUGUGCUUUUGACCUUCUGUGGACGAUAAGAGUCGGAGGAGGGGGGUUGAUCGUAGACAGUUGCGAAGGGGGCAGCGUGUUCCCCGAGAAGGCUGCGACAUGAGCUGUACUCUCCUGAGGAACUAUCAGAACAGAGAAGUUGUUGGG